AUGGCAGCGCUACAGGACGCAUUACAAUGCCUCGCCCCAGUCACAUGGGACAGCAUUCCCACCGAUCCCGACAAACUACGCUCCUACAUCCACGACAUCUCCAGCAAAGCACGUCUGAUCGUCGACUCCGUACCUGAGCCCCUCCCCUCCCACAGCCACACCCGCUACGCCGUCGAUCCCAGCUCCCCCGCCGCCUCGCGCCUCGCACCGUCUCCCGCUAGGACCCGCUCCACAGAUCCAGAGACCACAUCCCUCUAUAAACACUGGGGCAAACCCAUCAAGAUCAGCAGCGUGAAGGACAACCCGCUCGAGAUCCCCAUCUACAAGGUCCAGGGCAGCAAUGGCAAGGGCGCCUGGUUCGGCCGUCGCAGCGUGCACGCGGGGCUGCCCUUUUCGCGGUGGAAGGAGAAGCUCGCCAGCGAGAUGGACGAGACGCUGCGGGCGAACGAGGCGCGGAUGCGCAAGGGGCAUAUUGCCGACCAGGCGGUGCGCGGUAUUGGGGCGGAGCGGCUCCUCGAGCGGGUGGAGGUGAAGGAUGAGCAGGGGCUGAAAACCCUGGGAACCGUCAAUGUGUACCAUGUCUCGGCGCAGUUUCCCAAGCCGACUACGCCGCGGGACUUCGUGACCCUAAUCAUUGACUGGGAGACGGAGGUGAAUGGGGUGGAUGCGGAGAUCGGCACUGCGAAUAAUGGUGCGGAGGCGCGGAGACGCGGCCGGAACUGGAUGAUGGUCUCGAAACCCUGUGAGCACCCCGAUGCGCCGCCGAAUCAGGGAUAUAUCCGGGGUCAGUAUGAGUCUGUCGAGUUUAUCAGGGAGAUUCCUGUCAGUAAACCGCCGGGGAAGGACGUGCCGCAUGGGAAGGCUUUGUCGCCGGUCUGCAGUGAGGAUAACCUACUUCGCGGCGGCGUUUUGGUGGAAGCUACGCAGCAGAAAGGAGCUUUGGACGAAAAGGUUGGCCGGAAACGGGGAAACACAGGCUCGGCGGCUCAGGAGAAGCAGAACGAGAACACAGACGGCCACGAUGACCAGCCGGAUGACGAGGACUCGUAUCCGGUCGAGUGGAUUAUGGUGACUCGGAGCGAUCCUGGCGGCAGUAUUCCCCGAUGGAUGGUCGAGAAAGGAACCCCGAAGAGUAUUUGCACCGAUUCUGUCAAAUUCCUGGAUUGGGCGUGUCGCGACUCGGAUGGACCUGGGAAGGAUAAGCGGGAGGAUCACCGACAAUUAUCUUCAGGGAAACCACUCGAUGGAUCCUCAAUGGACGGCCGGGCACAUGAAAGCACUGACUCCGAGAGCGGCUACACCGAGUACGAAGAAGAGGAACAUCACGGCCUCAUUGCCAGCUUUUCAUAUCUGCUCAACGCAGGCCUGGAGCGAUAUGCGCCCAAAGCCGUUCUGGACUAUCUACCGCAGCACACACGCGAAUCAUCGGCUCAGUACAGCUCGUCAGACGAGACUGACGCACCGAGCGAGAAAGUCUCCUCGUCGGACAUUAGUAGGGCAAAAGGGAAGGGAGGCACGGAAAACCUCGAAAAGACCCCCGACUUACCGGCUGCCGAUGCGGCAUCGCAGACCUCACAGGCAGUGUCUUUACCCAACUCUGUGCCCACCACCCCACUCCUGGAGAUUGCGGAGAACAUACCCUCGUUAGAGAUGAUGAAUAUGAACAAGAAAGGCAAGCUCUCGUCCCAUGAGAAGCAACUCGUCAAGCUGGCGCAGCGGAAACGCGAAGUGGAAGCUCAGCUGGACAACGUCCGGAACGAGAUCCAGACACUUCGGCUCGAGUCCCCCAAUGACAUAGACCCAAAGAAAGCCAAAGUCAUCGCUGCGGCGGCGGGAGGUGACUCCGGCGCAAGCGAUCAAGCGAGUACCGCCAGUAGUGACCAGAAGCCGAUAGUGGACGGCACACCCACCCCGUCUGACCCGUCUCGUCGCCACAAAAACAAGGGCAACUCCGAUACAGCCCACUUGCACAAGAUCGCAUCUGGUCUGUUCCAGCAGGAAUCCAAGCUCCUGAAACAGCUCGGGAAGAUCGAGAAGCACCAGCUCAAGGAAGCGUCGAAGAUCGAAGUGCAGCAGCGGAAGCACGCCGAACGCGAGGAAAAGACGCGGUCCCGGGCGGAAACCGAUGGCUUGCGACAGGAGGUUGAGACGCUGAAGAAGGAGAUUGAGCGGCUUCGAACAGAACGGCAGAAAUGGCUGGACUUGGUUGCGUCGCUGCAGGCGGAGAAUACCAAAUUGGCGGCGCAGCAGAAAGGGAAUGCCGAGAGCCACUGA